UAGCCUCCCAUUCUGACCCCUCCCGACUUCAUCAGCAUGGCGCAGCCAGGAAGCUUUCCUAGAGGACCUCCUUCGCAUCCAGGUGGCCCAGGCUUUACUCAACAACCCCCACGUGGUAUUGGUGGCGGGCCGUACGGCCCUCCUUCUGCUGGUCGAGGUGAUGUGCACGCAAAUGUUCCGCAGCAUACACAAGGUGGCGGUGCUUCACACGGGAGCGCCUUCCCUCCGCAGCAGCAUCAGCCACCACUGUCGACAGGAGGUGGACAUUUUCAGCCACAACAACCUCCCUUUCAAGCGCAGCAGCCUCCACGAUCCAAUGGGGGCUUCCCUUCCCAAGGUCCACCGUUCAACCACGGACCACCAGGACAAAUCUCCCGUGGCGCGCCUACUCCGCCAGGUAGCUAUGGCGGACCUCCGUCAUUCCCACCGCGUGGUGUUCCGCCACCUCCUCCAGGUCCCCAACAAGGAGGCUACACCACACCGCCACCUCCGCAAGCAUUUCCUCCCCAAGGAGGGCCACCACCUGCAGGCUUUGCCCAGCCUCCCAACGCACCAUUCCCUGGCUCGAGCAAUUUAAAUCAGGGCGGUCCGAUGCCUGGCUUCCGUGGACCACCACCACCUCUCCAAAACGCUGCCAAUGUGCCGCCUUUUCAACAGCACCAUCCUCCUUACCAGGGAGCUCCUGGUUACGUUAGCCAGCCUCCGCCACACAUGCUUCCUCCUGGACCGAAUGCUGGCAACCACGCUCCUCCGAACCAGGCACCCGUCUUCACCCCUGGCCCGCCUUUUCACCAAAACAACCCCGCGCAGCCGGUGCAACCGAAACCAGCCGCGCCUGCGACAACACAACAGCGUAUCGACCCAACUCAAAUUCCUCGCCCGCUUAGUCGGCCCGAUGCUGUCACGUAUGUGGCAAAAGGGCCGACGCUGACGAUGCCUCCGCCGGCCAAUUCCAAGUACAUUUGCAUCGACGACGGGUGUGCGAACCCUCGGUUCAUUCGACCAUCGCUCAACCACGUUCCCGAGUCGAGAGAUCUGCUCCACAAUUCAGGCUUGCCGUUGGGUGCAGUGGUCUGCCCGCUGGCGAAGCUCCAGCCGGGUGAACUGGCCGUCCCUCUGGUGGAUUUUGGUGCGACCGGGCCGUUGCGCUGCACCCGGUGCAAAGCAUACGUGAACUGCUUCACCAAGUUCAUUCAAGGCGGGCGCAUGUUUGCAUGUAACAUUUGCACGAUGCAGAACGAAACCCCUCGCGACUAUUAUUGCGCCGUCGACCAGCUUGGAAAGCGCCGCGACGUCCAAGAGCGCAUGGAGCUGGCCCGCGGAUCCGUCGAGUUUCUCGUCCCGUCCGUGUACUCGGUCCGUCCGGCCCAAGAAGUGAUUGUGGUGUUUUGCCUCGACGUAUCGGUCUUUGCGUUUCAGAGCAACCUAGUGGCGUCCGUCAUAGCCUCGCUUCCCGCCGUGCUCGAAACCCUUCAGCAAACGUCCCCCCAUGCCAAGUUUGGCCUCAUGACGUUUGACUCGGCUGUGCACUAUUACCGCCUCGACCAGGACCAGAUCAGCAUGGUUGUGUGUCCCGACGUCGACGACCCCGCGGCUCCCGUCCCAGCACAAGCAUGGCUGCUGCCCGUCCAAGCUCCAGAUGCCCUGGACAAGAUCCAGGAAUUGCAGGACUUGAUUCUCUCGUUGUUUGGGACGGCGGCCAAGAAUCAAUCGGUCAGCGGGGCGGCUGUCACGAGCGCUGUGGACAGCCUCCUCACUUCUGGAGGUCGCAUCUGCCUCUUCCACGCCGGCCCGCCUCGCUCCGGUGUGGGUAAAAUCACGAAAGAAGAAGCAGCGUCGUCGUACGGCACGACCAAGGAAGUGGAGCUGUACGCUGGCCGCGGCGUGCACGCGCACUACGAAGAACUCGCGCGGUUGAGCGCCAAGUCGUUCAUCUCGAUCGACAUUGUGAGCGCCGCCAACCCAUACAGCGACUUGGCCGAAGUCGCGCGGCUGGCGGAACUCACGGGCGGGUAUGUGCUCCACUUGCCGCAGUUCGACAAGGACAAGCCAGAGCACUUUCAGUAUACGACCAAGCUCUUGACGCACGUCCUUCGGAAGGACAAGGGCAUGGAAGCCGUGCUCAAGAUCCGCGUCUCGACCGGCCUGCGCGUCGACUCGAUCUAUGGCAGCUACAUGCCGUCCGGAGCAAGUGACGACGAAGUCAACAUUGCCCUCUUGGACCAAGACACGGCCGUCGGUGUCACAUUUCUCUACGAUGGCAAGCUCCCGGACGAGCACAUGUACAUUCAAGUAGCACUGCUGUACACGCGCCCCGACGGUGUCCGUUGUGUCCGCGUGCAUAACUUGGCACUUCCGGUGGCCAACUUGGUGACGAACGUCUUCCGCCAUGCUGAUCUGGACGCCACGUGUGCGCUGUGGCAGCGCAUGGCAGUCAAGGUCAUCCGCGACAAGUCCAUCAUGAGGUAUGCUGGCCGCUCCACUGGUCGAAUCGAGCGUCAACAACGACCGUGUGUCCAGCGGCAAUGGUCAAGCGGUCAAGGAAAAGCUCGUCGACGACUGCGUCCAAGUCCUAUCCAACUACCGCAAGCAUUGCGCGACCAACAGUUCGUCGGGGCAACUGAUCCUGCCUGAAUCGCUCAAGUUGCUGCCGUUGUACACACUCGCGUCCCUCAAGUCCCGCGCGCUGCGAAACAACUUGACGGGCCAGCAAGCGCGGGGCGUCAUUGAUGUCCGUGCGGACGAGCGCGUGAUGCUGCUGCACCACCUGAACUCGUUCCCGGUCGAACAUGCCGUGUCUGCCGUGUACCCCAAGAUGUACGCAUUGCACGAUUUGACGGAGGAGAUCGGCACGGUGGACGAGAAAGGCGAGGUCAUGUUGCCGGUCGCGCUGCCACCGACCGCCGAGAAACUGGACGAAAACGGCUUGUUUUUGCUCCACUCGUCGACCUACUUGUACUUGUUUAUCGGGGCCAAGACCAAUCCGACGCUGUUGGAGGAAGUGUUUGGCGCAUCGCACAUUGACACGUCGGAGCAGUCGGUCAACUUGGUCGGCGACGCGGAUGGAACGGGCGUGCUCCGCACGCAGAUCCAGGCGGUGGUGUCGCACUUGCAGCUGCAGUCGCCCGUGCCGGCGCCGCUCGAGAUCAUGACCAAGAGCGACUGGCGCAGCAAUCGUUUCCUCAGCGCCCUCGUCGAGGACCGGACGCGGAACGAAGUGUCGUACGUUGAGUUUCUGUGUCAAGUGCACAAGAAGAUCCAGUACAAAAUGAUGUAGUUGGCAUCACCGCAUCAAUAAAAAACCCACCGUGCGCUUCGUCUGUGGUGGGCUUUGCACGUUGUUGAGUCGUUGGAAGCGACUGGGUUGCGG